AUGCAAGUAACUACUAAGUCGUUAUCUGGUUUUACCCGUGAGAAAACGUCUAAAGACUCUAAGACAUCUAAAGGUGUCAAUCACAAACGUCAUAGUUCUAAGGUUAAAAAGCCAAGAGCAUCUACAAAAACAGUAAAGACAGUAAGUGAAGCUUCAACACUUCCAGUGGAUGGGAAGAAGCAAUACGAUAGCACUGAGCAUAAGUCUGGAAUCAAAGAUCGGCCUGAAAGAGAUAUUAACUCUUAUCGCGGGCGUCCCCGCAAAGAUAAGCAACCAAUAAGAUGUGAGUUCUGUGGGCGCCCAUUCAAUCAUGCCUCGGCUUACGUCAUCCAUAGACGUGUCCACACGGGCGAGAAGCCAUUCAGUUGCCAGGUUUGCAACAGAGCCUUUGCUCAACUCUCCAAUCUCAGAUCGCAUAUGAAAAUCCAUAAUAUUCACAGCACCCCUAAACGUUUACCCAUGCAACAAUCUGACAAGUCCCAGGUUAGGACCAUACUUCCCAACAGUCCUGCCUCAACACACGAGAGCCAAGUGAGCCAGGUAAGCCCAGUUAGCCAAGUGAAUGUGACUCCUGAUUCUACAAAUGACUCCCAGAAUAAAAUCACAGAUUCAUCCGCUAGAAGUAGACAACCUGUUCCAUGUCCUAUGUGCGGAAAGAUCUUUCCCUACAAGUCUGUGCUUAAAAUACAUCUGCGCACCCACAGUGGAGAGAGGCCAUACUCGUGCAGGGUGUGUGGCAAAGCUUUUACUCAGGCAUGCACUGUCCGUGUCCAUGAAAGAGUCCACUGGUCCAUCAAACCAUAUUUGUGUGCGAAAUGUGGAAAGGGGUUUUCUCAGAUUGGUACCUUGAAGGGUCAUACCUGCGAUGGGAAAAAGGAAACCCAUGCCACUUUAAAAGAAAUGGAACUGGCAGGUGUUGUAACCUUCAGAUGUCACCUUUGCAAAAAGUGCUUUGGUACAAGAGAUGAGUAUGAUGUUCACAUCCAAGGACAUUCUGAUAACCAGCGCUAUAGCUGUGACCGGUGUGGUCAGAAGUACGGUCUGCGCUCAGAGCUUGAUACUCAUUUAAAAUAUUGUGUUUCAAUGUUGCUUGCAAAAACUGAGUCUGAUAGUCAGCAGUUAGAGGUCAAAUUGGAAACCAAAGGCACUAGGUCUUCUCAAACUGUUGAAAGCUCACAGCCUGAAAAUACAUCACCUAAACCCACUAAGUUGACCAGAUCCAGCUCGGUUGAAUCUUUAAAGCAGGAAAAUCAGAGUUCAUCAGAGAAAAAGUCAUCGCCUGAGGCACAAAAAUGUAAAAAACGGCGUUCUAAACUAGCGUCUCCUGCAGUGGUCAAGUCUGCUUCUACUUAUGACCAUCAAAAUAACCUUGGACAACUUAAUUCCUUUAAAGCAAGUUACUUUGUAGCUCUGUUAAAUCGUUUAGACCAGAGGCCUGAUCCAAGGAAAUACUUGUGUCCACAAUGUGGGCGUUUGUUCAGGCACGUAGGGAGGCUAAGAGCCCACAUGCUUACUCAUACCCGGGGUAAAAGCUUCACCUGUGGCCACUGUGGAAAGGUCUUGGAAAGCUGGAAUAAAUUCUGGUAUCAUCAGCGCUUACAUAAACAAAGACGAGGCCGCUUUAUCUGUCCGAAAUGUGGUCAAGGUUUUCGCUUUGUGAGCGUCUACAAGGAACACUUGCAGCAACAUCCAGAGCUUAAUACUUAUACCUGCCCCUUCUGUCCUCUAACCUUUUCCAAUGCUGUAAGUCUGAAGAACCACCAAAAGGAAUGGCAUCAGUCCAGCAUGCCCCAUAUAUGUGAUUUCUGCAGCAGAGGUUUUGCCAGUUAUGUAAUCCUAAAGCGUCAUCGAGUCACACACUGUUUAGAAAAGGCACAGGUGGACGUGCCUUAUGUAGUUGAUGUGCAGCCCAUAAUGAAGCCUUAUGAGUGCGGUAAAUGCACUGCCAGUUUUAAAACCUUGGAUUUGCUGUUUAGUCAUCAGCUCUGCCACUCACCUAAUGGGGACUUCAGGUUUAGCUUGAGCAAUGGAGAAAGUCAUGGAUAUGAACAGCUAAAUAAUGAACUACCUCACAAAAACAUCCAGUUUAAUUCGAACUCUCGUGGAAAGAUGUAG